AUGAUGGCAGGCCUGGCUGGCCUUUCAAUUCAAUCAGUCUUGCCAAUGAUAGGCAGGGCUGUCGGUGGUGGCGGUGGACAUCCAGGUCGAACAUUCCGGCCCCCGGAUCCCGUAGCAUACUCCAGGGAAUAUGCGGGAAAGUCACCAUAUCCUGCAGGAAAACAACGGAAAUCGCUGGAACAUGGAAGCAGUAUUCCGGUUAAAAAUACGGCCGGACUUUUCCGGCGAAUUCCUGCCAAGUUUCGGUGCUUUCCGGCAGGAAUUGAUCGGAAAUCGCCGGAAAAAAUGUGA